AUGGGCCGCAGCGAUGACGAGAUGGGCGCCCCGUCGGAGGUCAACGCGCCCACGGAGGCACGGCGCAAUAUUGCGUCGAAGAGGCCAUCUCCAGGACCUCAUGGGCCGCCAGGGUCUGCGCAGGGCAUCGAGGUCCUCGUCUGCUCCUUGUGCCAGGAGGGCGGCAACCUCUGCGAGAGCUGGUUCGGCAAGUCGGUGCACCACCAGUGCAAGCUCGCCGUUCGCUCUCGCAGGCGCGCCGUCAUGGGCACUCCUGCGGCUCUCAGCGACCAAGCCGACAUGAGCCGUGACCCCGAGAAGUGGCGCGCCACGCACUUGCCCUACCUGGACAAGGACGCGCGCAGGGCCGCCAUCCAGGACUUCAAGACGACCCAGAAGCAGCAGGAGUCCAACAUGUCAGUCGACAGGGACCUCGCUGGGUGCGGAGACGUCUGGCUCACCAAGGUUCGCUACCGUGGCUUCAUGGGAUUCUGGGAAGGCCUGUCCAAGGAGGAGGCCGACGAGCGCUUCGACGCUGAGUUCGAUGCGAACCCGAAGUACAACAAGAGGAACCAGCAAGUCGUCCUCGCUGAGGGCAACGAGCACGUCAAGCACGAGGCGGGCACCGAGUCGAAGCGCGGGGUCGUGCAGGACACCACGAUCGGCGAUGAGGACGACGACGAGGGAUACGAGGACGGCAUGGCCGAGACUCCCCGUGCUGCGAGUUCUGUGGCGGCGAGCAGCUCUGGGGUCGAAGUGCUGCGCACUCCUGCUCCCGGCCGUGUCGGUUGCCGCCCCGCGGUCUCCAGGGCAACCCCCGAGAUGCCUACCCAGCCAGCCCGCAAGAAGCUCAAGGCCACUGAGUCUCCAGAGACGCCCGGCCCCCACGCGAAGCACCUGCACGCCAAGAAGGCGCUCCAGGAGGCGGCGAAGGAGAUCGUGAAGGGCUUCGAGGGCAAGGCCACCACGUCUGCGCGCUUGACGAAGCUGGCAGAGAGGCACAAGGAGUACCCCGACUUGCCAGGGAACUUGAAGACUGCGGUGGAGAAGUUCGCGAGCAUCCAGAAGCAGGCGAAGCAGCUUGGCUUGAAAGCUGAGCGGGCUGGGCCCACUGGAGAUGGCUCUGUGGCGUCGUGCGCUACGGAGCUGGAUUCCCUGAAGGUGGAGUUGGCCUCUUGCUGGGCCGACGCAGCGGAGCUCGCGCAGUCCUUGGAUUUGAUCGACAAGGAAAUCCAGAGCACCAAGCGGAAGAGCUACCUGCAGGGCCGCCACCAGUCUCAGAAGGCGACCAUGAUUGCUGACGAGGAGGGUGAUUACAGCGCCUACUGCUUGCAGCCCGUGUCCAGCUGCGGGAUCACCAUGGACGCGAACAUGAACGAGUUCGAUCCGACAAAGCUGUUCGCUUGGAAGACCCCGCUGAACGAAAAGAUGGCGGUCAACCGCGAUGCUUGGCUGGGGGCCCAAGCGAACGUGGACACCAAGAACGACUACGGUGACCACCUGAAGUUUCUUCCCGGCCCGGGGCCCCACCUGUGCUGCAUUGUCCGCAAUGCGUUGCGCUUGGGCGCGAUGGCCGCGCCACUGCCAGCUUUCAGUUGUUUCAUGUCCCCUUUGAAUGAGAGCAUGUUUGUGCUGAUGUAUGACGUUGCCGAGAUCAUCAGCCAAGGGAUUGUCUUGAAGGACAUCCUUACCUUCUUGAAGAGCUCCUCUGGCGAGGCCUUCUUGAAGUCCAAGCAUGCUGUUUGUGUGUAUCUUCCAAAGCAUUAUGUACUGUUUGUGCCCAGCGGUUUCUAUGUGCAGCCAGUCUUCUACCAUCCAGGCCCCAGGAAUCAGAAGAUUGAUCCCAAUUGGCUUCACUACCUGCACGUCCCUUUUUUGGACACUGAGGUCGCCAAGACCGUGGAUGCAGAUGUGUUCAAGGCGGCCUCUGCGUUGUCCACUGCGCAUUUGGCCCCGCUUCAGGCUUCGAUGUGGGUCGAGCGCAG